AUGAAUCAACAAGCUGUCUUCCCAUUGGAACGACUCCCGGAAGAGUUGAUUCAAGAAAUAUUUUCACACCUUCCUCAACCAGAUAGGCUUCGACUUUGUCAUAUCAACAAAAAAUGCUAUCAAAUUGCUAUGCAUUUGAUUUACAAUAGGAUAUACCUGAACGAUUCAAAUGUAGUAAAAAGCGAUUUUAUGGACCUUGCAAUCAACUGGACUUUUCUAAGCAUCCCGUCAUUUAUGCAGGAGGAAGAGUCACGAAAGGUUGCGAACGAAAAGUUGAAAAAACUUAUUGGGACACUUCAGGUUAAUCCGCAGACAUUAAAUAUGAUACAGUGGGUGAGGAUAAAUUGGGAUUUAAAUCCUGUAUUACAGAAAACCAUCUUAACAUUAUUAUGCAAUAAAUCUGCUUCUUUGCAAAGACUAGAAAAUGUUACAGACCCAGAUUGCAAUGAUAUUGUUGCUUUUGGACAGAUGUCACACAAGAACCUAACCAGUUUCGACAUGGCACCUCCAAAUUCGUUGCCCGAGAGACCAGUUUCUCCAAAUUACAUUCCUGAUUUAUCAAGAUAUCUGAAGCAAAGAAUAUCAUGCAAACUAUCGCAUAUGACGUUAUUCAUGGACCCCGUGCAGUUAUUCAACUAUAUACAUCCUCUAACACAUAAAUUGCAGAUCAGGGAUUUAAAGUUGCAUUGGAGACGUGAAUUUUAUCCACCUAGUGAAUUUAAGAACAAGAGAAAGACGCCUUUGACGAAGUUAUCUGAAAUUUUUGACAUAAGGGCUUUGAAGGUCCUAACUAUAAUAUCAUGGAAUGAGUCUUUAUCACCAAGAGAAUUGGAUAUGCUUAAAGAGUUCGAAGAAUUUUUCAAUAUUGAGGACUUAUCCUUAAUAUCUGUUGCUCAACACACUAUGGUAUUGGUGGACCUUUUUAACAAAUUAGUGAACUUGAAAAGACUAAAGAUGGACUUUUUGGAAAAUUAUAUCCCUCAAGCAACUAAACCAGAUAUAUUUUUAUCGAUUCUUAUAAGCUGUAAGAAGUUGCAAUUCCUUGAUAUCAGAUUCGAAGGCCUAGACUCUCCAAUAAUGGCUAUAGAAAAUGACAGAUAUCGAACAGAACGUAAGUGUCACUGCGCAAGAUGUGUGAAGACUCAUGAUGAAAUUAUUUGCAAAAAGAUAUUCCAUUAUCUCGAUGAUCUAAAAAUGAUAGACAUUGAAGAGUUAACAGCAAAAGACAUUUUCGCCAUGAUGCGAUACCAAUCUCUCUUGCCAUAUUCGAAGGCAUGUGAUUCUUACCCAAGCGUUAGAACACAACCAAUGAAUAUGGACCAAUUUGUUCAAAUAAUGAAUGAGAGCAUACUAAAUUACAGGAAAUUAAGAGGCCAAUUGGCAGGUAUUUCACCUGAUUCAGAAUUGCCACUUGAUCACGAAGAAGGGUUAAGUUUGUUACCACAUGAUCCAUUUACGAGCCAAGAUGUCAUUGAUUGCUUCCAUACUUUGAUUCAUCACUAUAAAAGAACUUAUAUCACCUUGCUUUCAGAAUUUCCAGAAUUGAGGUUUUUGAUGUUGAACGACGUACCUACUGUAAUAAUUGAGGAAAAUUCGGAAAGGAUUCCACAUCCAGUUUUCUUUCAUGACGGCUAUGUUUCUAACUUGCACGGCUGGACUAAGAAGUUGAAGAAACGUAACAAUGACGAUAAUAAGGACCUAUCAACUGUAAAUAGACAAGUUACCUUAUGUUAA